UUCACUAUGAGCAGAUCAGCUGCUUCCCUUUGUUCCCAUGUCACAGCAACCUCCAGCUUGAUUUGCUCACUGAAAGCUAGAAGGUCACCACACUCCUCAGUCUACCAGCUGCUGCUGGCCUAGCCAGUACUUCCUCAUGUCUCGCUGUAGCUUGGGAUUUGGGGCUCCUGAAAAAGAAAACACAAAGAUGAGGGGACACUUGCAUAUGCUAUCAAAGUGGCUGAUUCUGCUGAACUUCAUGGCAUUGGAGGUCUCAUCCAUAGAAACAGUGAACCUGGUGGAUUUUUGUGGCCUGACCAUCAGAGACGACGGGCUGAUUAUCAAUUCGCACAGGGACUCCCGGCGCUACUACUUCGUGGCCACGGGGACAGACUGCUCCCUCACCAUGCAGGCCGCGUCGCCCAAAGACAAAGUCCAGUUUCAGUUCCGAUUCUUCUUGGUGUACAGCUUGCUGCGCCUGGCCCCCAGCGGCAGGCCCCCACCCACUGCCACCGGAGCGCCUCUGCCCCCAGAGACCACCCGGCCCAGCCAAAGGGGGCCUGGACAGACCUCGUCUGGUGGAGACUGGGAGCUUCAGGAUCCCUGCAAUGCUGGAUCGUAUGUGCAGUUCUAUGAUGGCAGAGGUCGUGCUGCCGAGCCCCUGGGGGUCCCGCUGUGUGGGAAGAGCAUCCCCAGGCCCAUCCUGUCCACCGGGAACUACCUGACCCUCCGCUUGGUGACACGGGGGCAGCAGCCCCGGGUGGAUUUCGUCGGCGAUUUUACAUCCUUCCGACUGGGCUUCAGCACCUCCGAGUGCAGCGAGGAGCCGUAUUUCCAGUGCCGGAACAGCAAGUGCAUCCCCAGGAGCCUGGUGUGUGACCGGAUGGGCAUCGAUAACUGCGGGGACGGCUCGGACCAGGCGGCCCACCCCCCUGCCAAGUGCAGAGGCCACCUCCCCACAUCAGCAUCUCUCCAGCUGGUGAGCAGCCCUGCAGCCAGCGUCACCCCCUGCAUGGCGGCUUGUGCCGGGGCAGAGAAGAGCCACCCUUUGGCCCCAGACACUGCGCCCCUGGACAAGCCUGCAGCAGGUGAGAGGAGCUCGGGCUCCCUGCUGCCCCUCUACAUCCUCCUGGGGCUGGGCGUGGGCUCAGCCCUCCUGCUCUGGUGCUGCUGGUCCCCUGGCUGGUUUGUCUGGAGACUCGGGGCCUGCCGGUUCCUGCCUGGCUGCAACUCCGUGUGGGCCUCAUGCCAGCUCUGCCCCCGCAGCUGUGCCCACAGGAACCAGGGCUGUUCCGGCAAAGUGACGCCGCAGCACAGCGACGACCUGCCCCUCUGAUGCCAGCCGUGCCAUCUUUGCCCGGGGGCGGGCACUGGGCCUCCCCCCCGGCCGGAGGAGCAGGGAUCCGACCUCUCCUGCCCGUGCCCUCUGCUGGCUUGGUGGGGUGGGUGGGGGGAGAUGAGAGGGGGUGGGGCAGCUCCCACUACCCCCCCCUGCCCACUCCCAUAGGCACGGGCCAGGCCCCAUGUGCCUUCCCCCAGAGGCGGCAGCCUCCAAAACACAAGGGCCCAGAGGGCUGCUCGGGGGCCCGGGAGCUGCCCAGUGAGCGCUGCGGGUGGUGGAAGGAGCGACGGAGUCACUGGCCUGGGUGGGGCUUGGCCCCCGGCCUUUGAGCACGGCGCGGCUGGGGGCAGGCCGCGUGCCCCCCAGAUCGGCCUGUGAGUAUUGUUGUGACGCCUGCCGCACCAAACGCACUGUCCCAGCCUGUGGGGUGCAGCUGGCGGAGGGUGUGAGCCCAGCGCUAAUAAAACAAGCCCACCCUUUG